AUGCAACUCAACCUGACGCUGAUCUGCUUCGUCUUCGGGGGGUUCCUGCCCGACGCCGCGGCCCGCCGGGAGCAAAUGGACACGGGGCAGUGCGACCUGCCCCGCUCGCAAGGAGAGCUCAACUCCUUCCUCUGGACCAUCCGUCGUGACCCCCCAGCCUAUCUCUUUGGCACCAUCCACGUGCCCUACACACGAGUGUGGGAUUUCAUCCCUGACAACUCCAAGGCCGCCUUCCACGCCAGCUCCAGCGUCUACUUUGAGCUGGACCUCACUGACCCCUAUACCAUCUCAGGGCUGGCCAGCUGCCAGAUGCUGCCCCACGGGGAGAACCUGCAGGAUGUGCUGCCCCGGGAGCUGUAUCGCCGCCUCAAACGCCACCUGGACUACAUCAAGCUGAUGCUGCCCCACUGGAUGACCCCAGACCAGCGGGGCAAAGGGCUCUAUGCUGACUACCUCUUCAAUGCCAUUGCUGGCAAUUGGGAGCGCAAGAGGCCUGUCUGGGUGAUGCUCAUGGUGAACUCCUUGACGGAAACAGACAUCCGCUCCAGAGGUGUGCCGGUGCUUGAUCUCUACCUUGCCCAGGAGGCCGAGAGAAUGAAGAAGAGGACGGGUGCGGUGGAGAGGGUGGAGGAGCAGUGUCACCCGCUGAACGGGCUCAACUUCUCCCAGGUGCUGUUUGCUCUAAAUCAAACUCUGCUCCAACAUGAAAGCCUCCGAGCAGGUAGUUUGCAGGCCCCAUAUACCACUGAAGAUCUCAUCAAGCAUUACAACUGUGGAGACCUGAAUGCUGUCAUAUUCAACCAUGACACUUCUCAGGUCCCUAAUUUCAUCAACACAACACUUCCACCCCACGAGCAGGUAACAGCUCAGGAGAUAGACAGCUACUUCAGACAGGAGCUCAUCUACAAGAGGAAUGAGAGGAUGGGGAAAAGAGUGAUGGCACUUUUAAGGGAGAACACAGACAAGAGCUUCUUCUUUGCCUUUGGAGCAGGUCACUUCCUGGGUAACAACACUGUGAUUGAUGUACUGAGACAAGCAGGAUUUGAAGUGGAGCACACCCCUCCUGGACAACCAAUUGGAAAUUCAAGGACGACAAAGACAAGCCCAGCCUUAGAAGGGUCCUCAGCAACAGCCCUGCCAGUUGUGCAGCUUUCUGAGCAAGUCCCACUGACAUCACCUUCCCUGAAGCCCCUGCAGGUGGAUGAAGAAGACAGCCUGUCUCCUCACCUGCUGUUGCCAGAUAGCAUCAGCCAGCUGGAAGAGUUUGGCAGGCAGAAGAAAUGGCACAAGAAGCAGCACAAACAGCACCGCCAGAGGCAGUUCAAUGACCUUUGGGUUCGGAUAGAAGACAGCACCACCACCUUGCCUUCCUAUAUCAGGAUAACCAACGGCUAUAUCACAGUCAAACCUCCCAUCUGGAUUUCAAACCGGCUGGAUCAGAGACCACGUUCAGAGCGCCCUUCCCAGCCUCAGCCUGCAAGCUCAGCCUCAGCCAGCUUUUUAUGGCCAUCAGUAACUUCUCCUCUCUGCAUGGUCAUAGCUUCUUUUCUCCUGAAUCUACUGCAGCCUUCUUGA